UUGAAGAAUUAGAUGACAAAAUGCCUUCAAAACCAAUGCUGCAAAUCUUGGCUCUUCAGGCUGAUGUGUCCUGGAUAAGGGAAAUGCUGCAAACAGUGAAAACACAAGCUCAGAUCCAAAAAGCUGAACUCCAAAAGGAACUGGACAAGAAGGAGCAAUUGCUGAAUGAAAAGAACAAAGAAUUAGCUACUGCGAUUGAAGACGUCAACGAACUAAAAAGAGACAUUGCUCAGCUGAAGAAAGAAGUUUCGAUGUUGAAAACACAAAUAAGCACAGCUGAAGAGACCGCCAAGAAGAAGAUUAAAGAUCUUGAAGAACAACUUAAACAGAGUAACCAAGAAUUACAUGAUGCCAAUACAUCACUGAAAGAAAAGAAUGCCUUACUAGCACGACAAGUUACUAAGAUCAACAAUCUCAUAGACGAGGUGAGGACCUUGAAAAAGCAAGCACAAGACAACGAAACUCAACUAAAUGCCAGAAUAACUGAUCUUGAAAGGAAACUAAUUAAGAAGGAGGAAGAAAAUGAAGAAAUUCUCAAGGAGAAUGAAAAGCUGAAAAAAAAUUGUGUGGGCACUUCUGAGUGCCCUGAACUCCAGAAGAAAUAUGAAGAAAUGCAGGCUGAGUAUAACACAACCAUUUCUAAACUGAACAGUGAUAUUCUUCAGAAGGCUUUUUAUAUUAAAGCCCUAAUCGAUGAAGUGGAGAACCUGGAUAGGCAGAUUGCACAAGGAUUCCCAGGAUUGAUAGAAGAACUGGAAGAAAAAGAAAGGGAAUUGGAGGAGGCAAAGCGGAAGUUAAGAGCUCAAGGAUCCAUAUCUGCCAAAACGCUGGAUGUACUUCAGUUACUAAGUGAGAUCUGGAAACUCGAAGAAAAUCCAACUGAAGAAAAUUCCAAAAAGAUUCAGAGACUGGAAGUUAAAUUAAAUGUUCUGCUCAGUGAGUUGCAAAACUCUGAGAAUGGGCUCGGACUGGCCCUGAAUAUAAUGUCUCUAAAGGAAUCAAUGUCUAGACUAAAGCAAGGACAAACACAAAUGCAAGAGAAAUACACACGGGAAAUCAAUGGUCUGAAGAAACAAAUAGAUGACAAAGAAAAAGAGAUUUUGAUGUUGAAGGCCAACUGUGGUCAGGAUCUGAAGGACAAGAUACGGCAAUUAGAGGAGGAGGUUAAAGAAAGCAAACAAAAGCUGAAAAAACUACAGCAAGAAUCAGACGAUCAGAUCGCAUCACUGGAGAAACAAAUUAGCAGAAAGAAUCAGCAGCUUGCCACAACUGAAGACAAACUGGAGCAGACAAAUGCUGAAAACGCUGCAUUGAUCAAAAAGCUGAACAGUCUGAAUGAUGAAAUAGAUAAAAUCACAGAUGAGAAAAACAACGCGCUAAAGAAAGCAGAAAAAGAAAUCGCCGCUUUAAAUGACAAGUUGCAAUUGAAGGACGAUGCACUUGCUAAAAAAGAUGUGCUUCUGAAGGAGAAGGAUGAAUAUAUUAAUGUAGUGAAAGAUCAACGAGACAGUUUGAAAGAGGAGCUUGGAAGAGUGAAGGAGAGAAGCAAAGAGCUAGAGACAGAUCUUAAAAUAAAGGACCAGCAACUUGCUACCACCAAAGAAAAACUGAAGAAAGCAGAUGCUGAAAAUGAGCGCUUGGUUCAAAAGCAGAAGCAACACGAUGAUGAACUAAAAAAAAUCACAGAGGAGAAAAAUAAUUUGCAAAAUAAAUUGCAAGAUGAAAUCAAUGACUUAAAAAAAACAGUUGAAACGCAAAAUGAAGACCUUGCUAAGAAGAGCCAGAAACUCCAGGAGAAGGAGAAAGAAGUUACUAAACUACAGAAGGAAAAUGAUGAUAUAAAUACAGAGCUUAAAGAAGAGAAAAAGAAAUACAAGGAUGUGGUCAAUGAGAAAGAAAAAAUUAAAGAAGAACUUGAUGAGACAAAAAAGAAAUUGGAGGAAGCUGAGGAAAAAAAGGAACUCCCUCAGAAAGAAUGGCCGAGUUUUGACGCAAACACUGCGCACCGCAGACUCAUUCUGUCGCAGGAUAAGAAAGAAGCACGAACCUCCUUACUGCCUCAAUCUGUAAGAGAUACCCCUGCACGCUACGACACGGCUAUUGCAGCUCUCGCUACAUUUGGCUUCAACACCGGAAAGCAUUACUGGGAAAUAGGGGUGGCAGGACGAAGUUGUUAUGUUGUUGGAGUGGCCAGAGAGUCCGUUCAGAGGAAAGGCAUCCUAAGAUACAGCCCUUCAGCCGGCUAUUGGGUUAUUCUGAAGAAAAGAGAUGGUACGCUCGUAGCUAUUGAUGACAGGGAGGUUCGGCUUAACAUUGCCAAAACACCUUCUGUUGUUGGAGUCCAGGUGAACUUUAAAAAUAAUGAGGUAGCUUUAUAUAAUGCAGAAAAUAAGUCUAUCAUCUAUAAGUUCACUGGCAAUGACCUGAAGGAAAAAGUCUAUCCGUAUAUUGAAACCUGCAGUGAUUCCAGUAUUAAUGAGCCUCCAUUGAUCUUAAGGGAACCUCAAUUACCCGAAUGGCUCUUGCUCUUGGAAUGAUCUCCAUAUACUUGGAGUCUGGUUUUAAUUGAAAAAAAAAAUGCUCUUUGCUUUAAAAUUGCAGUUUGUUACUGCUCUAAACUGCAUGCUUGCAUUUUAAUUUGAAAUAAUCUUUCAUUUAAAUAAAACAUUGAAAUUGUGAAAAAACAAUUCAUGUUCCUCACUGUGGGUAAAUGAAGGGAUUAAGCUGACCUCAUAUUAUUUCAAACAUGUAUGAGAUUUAUUUGUGUAGAACUUAAAAGCAAAUGUUUUGCAAAAUUUGUCAGUGUUUUUGAUUCUUCUUGAUAGAGGUUCAUUGGUCAAAUUUGAUGCUGUACAGAACAAAUUUUGCUCAUUUUAAAAGGUAGUAUGUCUGUUCAGUAGAAGUGUAUUAUUCUGAUCAAUUCAGAUUUUUUUUAUUGGUUUAUAAAUGCUUUGGGUGAACAGACGUUCAAAAGAACAGACUUUCAGAUUUUCAUUCAAGGGAUAGUUAAUCCAAAAUGAAAAUUCUGUCAUCAUUUACUCACAUUUCACUUGGUCCAAACCUGUUCCAUGUUUUUUGUUCUGUUUUGCUGGAAGAAUGUUGGAAUUUGGUAAACGUUAGCUAUGUUUCCAUCCACCUAUUUUUAUGCACAUUUUUGUUUA